AUGAAACCUAUCACUGAUGAAGAGUUUAACAGAUUUCGAGAUAUGUGUUUAAACCAUGAAGGAUGGCAUUUAGUUUCUCAAGAUAAAUGGAAUAUUGGUUAUACUAUGAAAACUAACUCGUCUAGUUCAUUGAGAUUGAAACUAAUAUCUAAUUUAUUUAAACCUUACUCUCUUGAACUUAUAUUUGAUAUGUUAAAUGAUCCAAAAUACAGAAAAGAAUGGGAUGUGAAUUUGUUAGAACGAAGAGUAAUUGAAGAAAUUGAUGAGCAUAAUGAAAUUGAAUAUUACUCCAUUAAAAUGCCUAUAGUUACAAACAGAGAUUUUGUUUAUCAAAGAGCUUGGAGAUUUACUGAAAAUGAAUUUAUUAUAUUCAAUAGAUCAAUUAAAGAUAAACGCUUUCCACCAGUCUCUGGAUUAGUACGUGCAUUUUUUCAUAUUAGUGGAUAUAUGGUAAGAAAAGAAAACGAAGGAAAUAAGUUGUACUACAUUUGUCAUAAUGAAUGGAAUGGAUGGAUUCCUAGUUUUUUAAUUAACACAAUUGGAGUUGAUGUAUGUCCAUCAGUUUUAGGUAAAAUGGCGGAGGGUUGUAAAAAAUAUACUGAAUGGCUAGAAAAACAACAGCCAUAUGAAAGGCCUUGGAAAAAAUUACUCUACUAUUGA